AACUUUCUUUAGUAUUUUAUUAUCAAUGAUGCCACGCGUCAUUUUGCAGCCAGUAGGUGGCAUUUUGUCACUUUAACAGAGCAUCGGGCCAUGAGCUCCAGCAGUCCGACCAGACAGCUGGCAGACGGACUGACUGCAUCUCCGCUGCUGAUGCCUGGAUUCAGACGAGAGGCAUAGAUGGGGUCGGUCUGAGUCCUCAGUCUGAUCCAAGGCCCCUUGUAACUAAAAGCAGAAGAGCCCCGAACCAUGGAUAAAAAAGAAAGGUUUACCUCUCAUGCUCAGGGGUGAGGAGGCCGACGGCUCAGGAGGAGGACAUGGGCUGCACCUCUGCCAAGCAGGUGUCUGCCGUGUCCAACGGGGAGGAGGGCCAGAAUAAAGCCUACAGCAACGGGGACCUCCAAUCUGAUGAGUACAAGAUGAAAGCGGUGGAGAAAGUCAAAUACAUCGGCGGAGAAGACGGCGGCGUGGACGGCCAGAACAGCACCGAGAACAGCGCUCUCCUCAGUAAAGGACAAAGUGUAGAUGAAACCGGGUCCAAUGGAAAGAUUCUGAGCAUCCACUCCUCCGAGAGUCAGCAGGAGUUUUUCAGGAUGUUGGAUGAGAAAAUCGAGAAGGUAGGGAACGACGAGGCCUCGUCAGGGCGCCGCUCUGGUUUUGAGCUUUUGCCCAAAAGAGCCGCUGCUAAAUGACAUAAUGGGGGUUAAUCCUAUCACGGCUUUAAAUCUGUACUAAGUGAGGACACAGCAGAUGACAAUAUGAUACCACCAGAGAUCCUCCAUCUGUCAAGUCCAGUACAUCCCAGCAGAGUGGAAAGCUGAAAACACGUUUCACUGGCAGCGCUGCUGUGACUGGGUCUCAUCGAGGAGUUUAUUGAAAAGGAUACGAGUAACCACACCAUGAUGAGUCCUGUUGACCAGAAACCAAUAAAGCCUUGUGAGGAGCACAGUAACACGCCUCUGUUGUGUUUCCAGGGCCGGGACUACUGCUCAGAGGAGGAGGAUAUAACAUAGCACCGAGGUCCUGGUCUCAGAGGAACGUGGUUCAAGGGGACUCUGCUUUCACUUUGACUGUCCCUUGUAUGUAAACACAGAAGAAGAACGGACUACUGACUUGAAUCAAGCACCUUCUUGCCCUCCUGCUCACAACCUGCUCGUGUGGACGACUGCAACCAAAAUGUCGGACGGUUCAGCGUUUUCUCUGCUCUAAUGGAGAGAAGUUGACUUUGUUAACGAAGCCAUUCUAAACGUGGGACUUUAGGAACAUUUGUCUCUCCCCCGCUUGUCUUUCCCUGCUUGGACAACAUCUAAAUGUCAGUAUCUGCCGUCGCAGAGACGUCCAGCGGACAUUAGAGGAAACAAUCAGCGCUGUUGUGGGCGUGUCUCCACGUCUGCAUCAUUAUGAAUAGUUCCCCCCUCGAACGCCUCCCUGACAACAAAAUGGGUCGGAAACUUUCUGCAUUCCAAAACACAGUCUGAACCUCUUUUCUACCGUCCGUGGGUCAGUACACUGCGUUCGCCUGCUCUUUCUGUCCAAAUGUGAAGUAUUUGUGUUGAACAAGGCUCAGGGUUAAAGUGCUGUAAUCUCUGUCUCAUGUAGUCGAGUCGUUCCUCUCACCAAGACACAGUGGUACCAUUCAGAACACACACACACACACACACACACACACACACACACACACACACACACACACACACACACACACACACACACACACACACACACACACAGCAGGGGCCACGCACACGUCUUCAUUCUGUACCUUACUCACCAGUGUUACGUUUCUAUGUUGACUCUUUUUGUUUUUCUAGAAAAAUAAAGUCUGUUCAGUCACUUCUCUGCACAACUGACAGUGUUGUUUGAAACCUUUUAACAGUAGUUGAAGAGUCUUUCAGACAUUCAGAUAUACGACAGCAUAUUACAACUGUGACUCAGUCGACUUAUAAAUUAAAUCAACCAUGUUAUCA